GCGAAGGUGGAGCCUCCUCCCCAGAAUGCCCGCCCCGGGGUGUGAGCGGCGGCAGGGACGUCCCCUCUAUUUGCAUAGAGCCCGGGACGUGGCGCCGACCGCGGCGCUUCCGCGUCAGGAGGACUCCAAGUCCCGGGAUGCCUCGCGGAUGUCUCAUACGGAGCUGGCGUUGGACCCAGGUGAUCAUGACCUGCUGGACUUCCUGCUCGAGGAAAGCGGAGGUUUGGGGGCGGCGCCCGACGAGGCCCUUGAGGCUUCCCUGGAUUGGGAGCUGCCGUUUUCUGAGGCACUGAACAAUUGGGACAUAGAGGAUUUCCUAAGCUCCCUGUCGAGCCCCCCACCAUCGUUGAACGUUCUCAGCAAUUCUCGCCGCUGUCUUGUCCACCACGAUCACACCUAUUCUCUCCCACAGGAGCAUGUGUCCAUAGAUCUAGAGAUUGAGAGCUAUGGAAAAGAGGGGGCGCAGAUGAUUCCACUUUCUGUGGAAGAGCCAGCAGAGCAGGAGAUUGCUGGGCUAAUACUGACAGAUGAGGAGAAGAGGCUAUUGGACAAGGAGGGACUUACUCUGCCUGGGACACUUCCUCUCACUAAGAUGGAGGAACAAGUUCUGAAACGGGUGCGGAGGAAGAUUCGAAACAAAAAGUCUGCUCAAGAGAGCCGCAGGAAGAAGAAGGUGUAUGUGGGGGGUUUAGAGAGUAGGGUCUUGAAAUACACAGCCCAGAAUCUGGAGCUACAGAACAGAGUCCAGCUCCUGGAAGAACAGAAUCUGUCCCUUUUGGAUCAGCUGAGGAGACUCCAGGCCAUGGUGAUUCAGACAGCAGACAAAGCCAGCAGCAGCAGUACCUGUGUCUUGGUCCUGCUGUUCUCCUUCUGUCUUCUCUUCAUGCCUGCUAUGUACUCCUCUAACACAAGGCAGAACCUGCCAGCUGAGCACAGAGUGUUGUCCCGCCAGCUUCGUGCCCUCCCCAGCGAGGACCCUCACCAGCUGGAGCUGCCUGCCCUGCAGUCAGAGGUACCAAAGGACAACUCAGAUCACAAAUUCCAGGCUCCUAGCAACUCUUGCUGCCUGUUCUACCGCAUGUCUCAGGUUCCUGGUGCAGAGUGUUCCCUGAAGUUGCCACUGCUUGACCAUUUCUCAAAGUCCUCCUGCCCAGGUCCUAUCUUACCCCUGCAUGCAAAUGUCACGAGAGAGGGAGGAUGGCUCCCUAGCUGUAGCCCCAUGUCUGUUAUCUUGCAGGGCAGAUACUCAGGCUAGAUGUGAGGAUUUGGGGUUCCUCAGCCAGACACUGGUGCCCCCAGUCCAGGUUCAAAGGAAAAGGAAUGGGAGAGGGCUAGCCUCAGGUCUUGAGCCCUGUCAGGAAGCCUCAGGAUCAAACACACUACACUUACUGGUUUUCUGGGUCUUUUAUUUGUACCCACGUAUGUCUGCCACCCCAUGAAUGGGCCUGGGAGAAUCAAUCACGCAUUCACCCCAUGAAUGGACCUGGGACCUCCUUGAGCAUUUCAUGCAGUGAGGGGAUGGGGUGAAGAAAGAAAUAAAUAAGUGAUUCUGA